AGAGAGAGAGGAGGAAAAGUGCGGGACGCGUACGAUAUAUAUAUAUUUGUCUCUCCGUCUCCGGUGGUGUGAUAUCGAGUGACAAGCAGACCGGGGAGGCGGAAUUUUGUCAAUUCCCGAACGAGAAAAGGAAAAGCUUUAAUCGACCGAGAAAAAGAAAUUUCGCGUGUUUUGUGUGCCCUUUUUGUGAAGUGUGCAGUGAGAAUUUAUCGUUUACCGGUCGAGGUUGUGUGUCGUUGUACAGUGCCUCCAAACGAUACCACAACAUCCGAUCCCAAAUGAAGAGUUCGGAGCAAAAUGGUUAGAGAGACACGUUACCUGUGGGUUGGAAAUCUGCCGGAAAACAUCCGAGAGGAUCGCAUCAGGGAGCAUUUCAAACGGUAUGGACGCGUGCAGAGCGUCAAGCUGCUGCCACGGGGCGAGGUGUGCCCCGUGGACGGAGGUUCCAGCAGUAUCCUUGGCGAGGGCAAUGAGGGCGGUUCCGGUUCCAGUUCAGGCGGCAGCGGCGGCGGUUCCUCGACCAGCGGUGUAUGCGCGACGGUGGCGUUCAUGGAUAUCAAGUCCGCAGCGAAGGCCCACGCGAUUGAGCACACGCUGGACGACCGAGUCCUCACCGCGCAAUAUUACGAGCCUCAACAUCUUCAGCACAGGUUCCCCACUCACGGAAGUUCGGAGGAUCAUGGAUCCAGCGGCGGUAGCGGGGGAGGAAGUGGCGGAACAGGCGGCGUUUCCGGCGGCGGCGGCGGUAGCGGGAGCACCGGUUCCGGGGUCGGCGGUAGCGGCGGUGGCGGCGAACGAGGAGAGAGGGGAAGCGAGAGUUUCGACUCACGUGGUUCCCACGGCGGCUUCUACGGUAGCGAUAGGAGCAACCGAGUGGUUGGCACCGGGAGCAGCGGCGUCGUCGUCGGCGGCGGCGGCGGCGGCAGCGGCAGCGGCAACGGCGUCGUCGUCGUCGGUCAUCCGGCGGAUUCUACUACGGGAGACCCCAGCGGCUACAUAUCCCGCCGUCCACCACCUACGAGCUCUUACCACGUGACAUCGAGCAGGGCGAGGGAUCGGCUAUAUCCGAGGACCGGCCCGUACGUCUCCGGGCCGCCGCCCCCGCCCCAUUUAGACCGUCAUCGUGGAAGUCUGCCGCCGUCGUCCUGGUCGGCGUACGAGCCGACGAGUUCGAGGUACGGCAGCGCACCGCCGCCACCUUCGCCUGCCACCAAUGACUCUUACCAAGAUGAGCAAGGAGGUGGCGGAGGUGGUGGUAGCAGUAGCACCGGUGCUCUGCGACAGCACAAAAAACAACGCAGAAAAUCACGCAGUGGGAGUAGCUCGCCGAGCGGUAGCAGUCGCUCCGGAAGUAGCAGCAGCAGUCGAAGCGGUAGCUCGGGUGGCAGCACUUCCGGAGGUAGCACAUCGCCCGGUAGUUCGCCGCAUCGAACGAGCAAUGUGUCCGUCAUGGAGGAUCGCAGGCCGGUGGCCAUCUGCGUGAGGAAUCUACCGAUUCGUAGCAGUGAUUCCUCGCUCAAAGAUGGCCUUUUCCAUGAGUACAAGAAGCACGGCAAGGUGACGUGGGUGAAAGUUAUCGGAACCGCCAGCGAGAGAUAUGCUCUAGUUUGCUUCAGGAAACCCGAGGAUGUCGAGAAGGCCCUCGAGGUUUCGCAAGAUAAGCUUUUCUUCGGAUGUAAAAUUGAAGUGGCUCCUUAUCAGGGAUAUGAUGUCGAGGAUAAUGAGUUCAGGCCGUAUGAGGCGGAACUCGACGAGUAUCAUCCGAAGGCAACGAGAACGUUGUUCAUCGGAAAUCUCGAGAAGGAUGUUACCGCAUCCGAGCUCAGGAAGCAUUUUGAACAGUUUGGGGAGAUAAUAGAAAUUGACAUUAAGAAACAAGGCGCCGUAUCGAGUUAUGCUUUCUGUCAAUAUUCGGAUAUUGGUAGCGUCGUCAAAGCCAUGAGGUCGCUGGACGGUGAACAUCUAGGUGCGAAUCGAAUCAAACUCGGAUUCGGAAAAUCGAUGCCCACACCCUGCGUUUGGGUUGAUGGCAUUGGAGAUUGUACGUCCGAGAAGUUUUUAAGCUUACAAUUCAAUACUUUUGGACCGACAACUCAGGUAGUAGUAGAUCGUGAGCGUGGCCAUGCUUUGGUCUUUUUCGAUCAAAUAAGCUGCGCUCAAGCUGCCGUGAAAGAGAUGAGGGGAGUCACGGUUCGCGGCCGCCGUUUGCAGAUCGAUUUCGCCUCAAGGGAAUGUCAAGAGACCUUUUACGAACAUCUCGAGCGUCAAGGAAACAGGGAAACCAGUGAGAAACCUUGGGACUCGAGGCCUUCGCCAGCGUCGUCGUUUGAUAUGACGAUUCCUUCUAGGCGGGAGCGCAACAGCUUCGACUCAGCGACGGUGUCGAGUUCGAGCAACAGAUUCACGCGCUAUGAUACGCCCCCGCGAUCUAGAACGACCAACUACUCGCGAACUUCCGGUGGUAGUACACCAGGCGCGAGUCCAGCUCAUCCGACAGCGUUGUCACGAAGUAAUAGACGAUCCUAUCAAGAUUCCUAUUACGAUGGCGAUUAUGCUGAACCAGCGUCGAGACGGUUUCGCAGCUACGACGAGUUUAGUCAAGGCAGCGGUGCGAGUCACGACGACUACCAGAGCAGCGUACUCAACGACGGCAAACUUAACGAUGAUGAUUGCCCGCCACCGUCAUCACGACGUCAUGCAGUACAAAGCGUUGUUACGAGUAUCGACCCGCCUGCGCCACCGCCACCGUUAUUACCUCCGCCCGAUAUUCGGCAUCUCCAGAAGGAACGCGUCCAUUUGUUGGAGCAACUUGAGGAGUGCCAUAGUAGCGGCGAUGAGGUCGGUUUCGUCUCGAAGAAACGUGCAAAACUCGAUAACUCGUCGACGACAAUACUCUGCGAAGACGAGGAGCCGGAAAUUGCAUCGUUACUCGUCACUUCGCAUUCUAGUAGAAAAGGAAUGGACUUUAGACGUGUUAGUGAUAGCAAAGUAGUAGUGCACCAUAGCACAAGAAGGGGUAGUUGCGAGGGUAGAGGUCCUGGACCUUGCAAACGUCGUCGGGAUGCCGCUAGCAGACAUCACGAACACCACGAUGGAUCUCGACCAGGUACACCCCUUGUCGACGAACGACCGGAGAAUCUGAUACCCAGCGAACCGAGAAGAUUCAGAGAAAGGAGUCACGAGGGUCCGUUGUCGUUACCUUUACCGAGGUUUGCGACACAAAUGUUAAACAACAACAAUAACACAAGUAGUAGUAACAACAACAAUGGCAGCGGCACUCGAUCGAACAAUGCCAGCCUUGCUAAAAUUGCUAGUCCGCCGUGUGCCAGCUUGUCUACUGCGCCCAGCCCUCGUGCAGCACCGCAACCGCCGGCUUCGCCACCUCCUAGACAUGCUAGUUCGAGUCCGACCAGUUCCGACAGCGAGAUAGCGCCGCAAUCUCCUAGUCUGGAAGAAAGGAUACGUUCUCUGGACGAAAAGUACGAAAAAUGGUCCGGUUCGAGAGCAUUGAGUGCCGCUGGUGGCGACGCUCUAGCGAAACUCGAUGGCAAUACUUCGGACAAAUUCAAAUUUAAACUCCGGCAUAAACUCCUCGAUAUGGAUCUUCAUGAGGUGCAACCUUCGGACAUCGUGAAAUCGGUCCUCGCGAAAAGGAGCGUGUUCGAUGAGGAUUCGAAAAGAUUGGAAAACUUUAGCGAAAAAUACGAACCGCGGGAAUUCACUGGUGUUAUUGGCGUUAGUUCUAUGAUCGGUAGCACUGCUGGUCUUACGACUAGUGGUGGUGGUAGUGGCUGUACCAGCAAAGUUUGUCUGCAGUAUCCGUUUCCUAGUCAUCCGCCGAUGCAGCCAGCCAGCGGUACUUCGGUUACCAGUCAAAUCGGUAUUAAUACGCCAUUGUCCGCGAGUUUGACUCCGACGACGACUAUGGCCUCAUCAGCGUUGAAGACCGAUCCGCGAAUGCAACAUAAUUGCAUACACCCGACGCCGGCAACGCCGAUUACACCUGGUGCAUCUAUUAAGACAGUUAGUCCCGAGUUACCGCCGGUUUCUCUACCGAUCGGUCUCGGUAGCGGAACGGCAGCGAGUAAUAAUAAUGGUAGUAGUUUAUCGUCAGCCAGUAGUCUUGUAAGCAGCAAUGGUAGUGUAGGUAACAUUCACACCCUCGGAACCUCGACGCAUCGGGGAUUAAGCGUCUCCGCGACAACCGCAUCGCCCACAGUGACAGCGGCAUCGACGGAUGCUUUUAAUUCAACUGCAAUAACAACAGCAGUGCCUGUUACAACGUUGAGUGCGACAAUUUCGUCGGCGACAGUGACGACGACGACGACGACGACGUCUACGACAGGCACGAUAUCUUCCAUGACUACCAGUUCGAUAGCUCCACCGUCUUCCAUAACGUCCUCAUCUAAUUCUUCCUCUUCAUCAUCAUUAUCUGCAUCUUCCACAGAUUUGACUCGUUCUCGUUUGAGGAAGGAAACAAGCGGUAGCAAUCGAGAAAGUAGAGACUCCCGCGAUGCGAGGGACAGCAGAGAUUCGAAACAUAGUAAAGGUAAAGAUUGUCAAAGAAGAUCACGAAAGGAUGAAACUGACAUUGAAAGAAACCGUAAAGGUAGAGACGAAAAAGAAAGUACGAAUAUUGUGAACGACGUCGGCAACACGGAUAAUCAUAGUAGGGACUUUAAGGAUAACAAAGAACUGAGGUACGAGCGAAAAGAACGAGAAGAAAAAGAAAGGAGAGAUAAAGAAGAUCGGGACAGACAAGAGCGAAGGGAUAAAGAAGAUCGUGACCGACAAGAGAAGAAAGAAAGGGAGGAACGUGAGAGGCGAGAGAAAGACGAGGAGAGGCGAGAAAGAGAGAGACUUGAUAAGGAACGACAAGAGAAAGAUAGAAGAGAGCGAGAAGAAAGAGAACGCGAAAGAAAGGAAAGGGAAGAGAAUGAACUUAAAGAAAAGGAGAGACGAGAGAAAGAACGUCUCGAUCGUGAGAGGAGAGAACGAGAAGAGAAGGAGCGACAAGAACGGCGAGAACGUGAGGAGCGCGAACGGAAAGAACAUGAAGAACGGGAAAAGAAAGAACGGGAAAUUCGCCUAGAGCGUGAAAAGCAAGAAAAGGAACGUCUUAAAAGAGAAAGGGAAGAACAGGAAAGAAGAGAAAAAGAAGAACGAGACAGGAUAGAGCGGGAAAGAAGGAGAGAAGAGAAGGAACGUCUCGAACGGGAAAAGAAGCGAGAGAAGGAAGAAAAGGAGAGGCUAGAGCGCGAAAGGCGGAAAGAAAAGGAGGAACGGGAGAAGAUGGAAAAGGAGAAACGCGAGAAAGAAGAACGAGAAAAACUCGAGAAACUUGAGAGAGAAAAACACGAAAAAGAGAAACGACGGGAACGUGAAGAUCAAGAAAGGCGAGAGAAAGAGAAGGUCGAACGCGAAAAGAGGAGAGAUCGUGAAGAAAAGGACAAGGAAAAGAGAGAACGCGAUGACAGCAGACGGCAAUCGACCGAAAAUCAUUUGCAUCCUUCUGUUACGCAGUCUCAGAAUCAAGUCACCCCGGCACCGGUACCAAUCAAACGCAGGUGCUCGUCGCAAGAUUGUCCCACGGACGAGGAUGCUAAACGUAUUAAAAUUUCGGAUCAUCGGCGCGACAGCAAAGAUCGGUCUAGGCAAAACAGGAGAUCCGAAGAUCGUAAGCACCGUAACGACUCGCAUCGUUCUAGUCGGGAGAGCAGGGAGAGUCGUGACAGUAAAGAAAGUAGCAGCGCGACACAGGACACCAGAGACGGCGACUCGACUCGAGAAAACAAUUCGAGGGACAGUGGAAGCAAAGAGAAACAGAGGAGUAAGAAGAAUCGCUCGGAGAAGGAGUCGAGGGAACGCAGUCCGAGGGUGUCGCACGAAUCCGAGAAGGAAUUUCUAUCGAGAUUGGAGAGUUCUCUUUCCAAGAGAAACGAUUCGACUCUGUCAACCGAACAAGCUUCCGUGGGAUCGAAUCACGCGAGAGAUGCGCAACAUCAUCAACAGCAACAAUCUUCUACAUUGAAUUCGCACAGUGAUGUGGACGAUGGUCCCAUCUCUACUCACGAGAUACAAACGGUAAGGAAUCCAUCAGCUACAGAUACGGAUAGCGACGAGCCGAAGAAGCACUCGAUCUUCGAUAUUGUCGACGACGAGCCUGCUUACAUCAGUAUGUACGAUAAGGUAAAAGCUCGUUCAACGAAAAAUAUGCAAAAACUAGAAGAGGAGAAGCGUCAAGUGCGAUUAAAGGACAAGUUCUCGCAACUGAAGCAAAGUCGCGCUAGACGAGAAGAGAAGAAGCAGAGUACGUCGUGGGACGGAGACUCUGUGAGUAGCAAAGCUUUGACCGAGGACGAAGCUAGUUCCGAAUCAGAUUCGACGAGAACCAAGUCUCUCUCUAGAAAGGGCUCGCGGUCUCGCAUUCACUCUGAUACGAGUGAGGAGGAGGAGCCAUUCAACAACAAGGUUCGCAAGACAGUGAAGACUGAAAGAUUCCUCGAGAGCGACGUCGAUCUCGGCUUUGCCGACACCGAGGAGAAGCAGAACCCACUGGAAGCCUCAAACGCUAUUACGAAUAGCGUACACACGGAUAUUAAGGAAGAGCCCCGUACAUCCGACGAAGACGAACGAAUUUCGGUUAGCUUCCGCGCGAAUCAUCCGACAAUAGUGGUGAACAAUCACGAAAGAGAUUCGCGAAAGAAAUCGCAUAAAAAGAAACAGAAGCGCCAAAAGAACAGCAUCUCGAACGACAACAAUUUGAAGGUGGAACCGAUGGAGGCUUUAGAACAUAAGCCUAAAACCAAUCUCAUCACAUCGUCCAACGCGGAUUGCCGGCCGAAUCAUGUCACGGAAUUGACUACUAUCACCGCCACCACAACUAUAGUCACGACGGCGUCUGAGAACGCUGAAGAGAGAAUGCGCGCCGAUAAGAAACAACGUAGUAAAAAGGAUAAGAGGCGCGAUCGGAAUGGGGAGGAUAAGGCUAAAGCGAGACGAAAGAGACUCAACAGGCAAGAGGCAAGGGAUUCUCAACGUAUGGAGGACAUCUUCGGCCCUCUCUCGGACGAUGUUGACGAUGCUCCAUCUAAUACGUUUUUCAACAGGUUCAGCAACAUGACGUCGGAGAACAGCGUUUACGCUUCGGACAGCGACGGUGGUCGUAGUUCGCUCGACAUGGACAGAACAAGACGGAAGACAGAGAAGAAACGACGCCAUCAACCGGAAGAUGAGAACAGCGUCGAUUUGGCCGAAGCCGGCCGGGAGAUCGAGGCGAAACUUUUGGGUAUGCCGAGUUCUCCGAAGGCCGCUCCUGCGUGCACAGCUGAACCCAGUGAUCACGAUGUCUUCCGUUUCACCGACGAUAAUGACAGUAUCGAGCCAUCGACACCUUCGACAGCACCGGAGAAAGUCAAAGAGAAGAAAAAGAAACGGAAGAAAUCGAAGGAGGAACGCAACCGAAAGGAUUAUCACCAUCACCACCAUCAUCAUCAUCACCAUCAUGAAAAGAGCGGUGAAUUACCUUAUCUAGGCGCCGAACCUAGUCCACCAAGAGCAAGCAGUCCGUUAGUAUCCAAGACAAUAUCAUCCAGCUUGCCCGCGCCUAGGGAGACAUUAUUGAGCCCGAUACCUAAAGUGACUUCCAACGUGUCAACCGUAUCGUCGAUAACUCCUCCGGUUGUGAGCGACAUUCAAACCAAGUCGGAAAAGAAGAAGGAUAAAUUCAUACCUGGGUUUGGAAUAGAAAUCGACGAGACCAUUCAUGAGAAUGCUGUGAAAAGUAUCUCGGAACCUGAUGAGAAGGACAGUAAUUGUCAAUCGCGCGGCAACAGAGAGGAAUCGGAAGUACCUGUACCAACGACACCACCGACUCAGAACGAAGACAAGCGAGGUGGGAUAUCGCAGGAAGAAACGGAGGACGCUGUUGCCGCGUUACUCGAAGCAACAUUCGGCGCUUCGGCUGAAGAUUUCUCUUAUGAGGGUGAGGAGGAAGAAACCGAAACUGAUGGGAUUGCCGGAACCACAGCCGAGGCACCUCAAGAGGACGUCGAAGAAAUGCAGCAAGCAGUUGAGAGUUUGAACGCCUCAACGGUAGAAGGCGACGCGGAUCUAAAACCGGAUACGCCGCAGAGCGAGCACGACCUACAGAUCGACACGGAUACGGAGGAAGAUCCGAAUUACGAGACGGUCGAUCUGACACAACCGCCAAAGACACCGGAUAUACCGUCAUUCUACAAGUCCCCGACGAAAACGCUGGUGGUACCCGUCUUGACUGCUCCUGAGAAAUCGAUUGAAGUGCGAUUAACGUCCACGGUAGUUGCCAAACCGCCGAGUCCACCGAGUUCCGUAAUCGCUCAUUCGUGGACUCUGAACGAACACAAGCCCCUCGAAUCCGUCAAGCCUGUGCAGCUAGAGACCACAGAAUCAGACGUCAACGUCGCUAGUCCGGAAAGAACGACGCAAGUGCAGAGAACAUCCCCGUCGCCGCCACCGUUGCAAUACAAGCAACCUAUGCUGGUGCCGUGUAGCGUACCGAUUACGAGUGAAAUACCGAAAUCGCUUUCCAUUCCGAGUUCGCGACCAUCGCCGAUCUCAGUGCAACCUCUGUAUCAGAGGCUUCCCGUGUCUCCGCAAUCUCAGAUGGUACCCAUGCGCCAAGCUUCUCCGAAAAUGCAAACCACAACUGUCUCUUGUUCGUCAGCUUCCAACACGACACCAUUGCCGCCAUUGGUCCCAUCGAGAAUACCACCUUUAGUACCAUCACAAUCCUCGCCACGCAUCUCUCAGCCGCUUUCGCCCAACGGACAAUGGUCGCGGAAUCCUACGUUAAGUCCUCAUGUACCUAACGUGGGUAAAAGAAAAGCUUCGCCGCCACCUACCAAGAUCGCGGUUUGCGUGCCUAUCCCCGCUCAUAGACCGGAAGUGCCAGCUCAACAGAUCUACUCAACCGCGGCGACUCAACAGCCGGUGAUACAGCACGCCUCGGGAAUGCUGGCACCCACCCCUGGUUAUCCUCGUGGUGGUUUACCGCCAUUGACUCUGAAUAUUCCACCGCGACCUUACAUGCCCGUACCACCUUUAGCGUCUGGCAUACAAGUAAAAAAUUCGCGCGACUCCUCUUUAGGUGGCAAAUCUGUGAUCGAGACGUUAAUAACGAUACAUCCGAACGAACCAUCGCCGAGAUUGGAAGAACCAAAAUUGUCGCCCGCUAUUAUACCUGAACCGACCAACAAAGCGUCUACCUCACCUAAGGUUCCAUCACCGAAUCAACCGCCCACGUAUAUACCUGAAACAGCAAAGAUUGAGAUCAAUGCCAGUACGUCUAGUCCCGUGUUUGGUAAACCAGGUUACAUCACGGACAGCUACACAAUGUCGUCUAGAACACAGAAGCAAAUUUCCAUCACAACGGACAGUAAUCUGCUGUCGCCUAGACAGAAACAAGAAGUGUCGAAUCUUCAACUUCUAACUACGCACGUACCUCGUUCUUCCACGCCGAGUCCUGUAAUCGUGGCUCACGGUCAAUCUAACUUACUUCACAAGUCGGUGCAUACUUUAGGUCCGCCGAACGUACCUUCACCGAAUCAACCACUGAUAAAGACCGUAGUACCUAUAGUUCCUCAGCAAAUAACGUCCAGCGCACCGUUGUCAGCACCUGGCGAUAAAUCCGUCAUCCCGCAAACGCCUUGUCAGAGACAGUCGCCUGUCUCCCAGGGUCAAUUGGUCAAAUCUCACAUACCUCUGGCAUCUACAGAAUCACAGACGAUCAUAACCAGAGUAGUAUCAUCAACCGCAUCUUCCAUAUCGACGCCACCGAUGACGGAAUGCUUAGACCAACACGUCCAAGGACAACCAUUGGAAAUGGACGCUGAAGCACAGAUUAAUCAAACUGUUCAACCGAUGCAACUUACACCACCUAUACAAUCGACGCAGCCGAUCGAUGCGAUAAAACAAGAACCAAUCGACGCUCAACAGGAAGAAACGAUAAGCGAAACUGAAUAUAAUGUAACCGAAUCCGACAAACUUUUGAACCAACCGUGCGUAGAAGAUAACAUAAAACAAGAAAAGCAAGAUGUUAUUAAAACAGAGAUUGCACCUAAAGAGGAGGUGGUAGAUGUACCGACUCCACCGAAACUCGAAGCGGAAACUCUUAUAAAACUGGAACCUGUGAGUGAAAUUAAAGAAGAGAUUAAGGAGAAUGAUGAGAUGGAAUUGGAGGAAGAGCCAGUAGAAGAUCCGUUGAAAGAGCCGAACACGGAUCCUCUUGCUAUCGAUUCUAAGGAAGAUCCAACCGAUAGCAAAGAAGACAGCGAUUAUUGGUCCGCGAAGGAAGUGAACAUCGAAAGCGUGAUAAAGAAGGUUGAUGCUCUGUGCGACGGCGAAGGUAACGAUGGCGAUGACGAGACACAACAAACCGAGAGCGCGAACAGCGACUCGCACGAUACCAGCAAGAACGAGUCGGAUUGGUUUGACGCUGAAUCAUCGAUCGAGGGCGAGGGUAAGAAGAACUUUGGAUCAACAGCCGAUGAGCACGACGAGACGAUGGAGACGUGCGAAAAUGAAUCUACGAAGAGUCGUCGGGGCAGAGCGAAGAGUAGACGCGGCAGUCGUGGCGGAGUCACCACCAGGCGAGGUGGCAGGAACGCGAGCACCGUCUCUCACAGACGAGGCGGUAGAAGUCCUCGAGGUAGCAAACAUCACGUUGAGAAGAAUAAACUGCCAGCCGACGUUUACGAGUUCCACGACGACAGCGAGGAGGACAACGCCGGUCGUCCACGGCUUAUUCUCACCAUUAAAUCCCCUGGACCGAACGUAACGGGACCCAACGCUCAGCCGGCGAUACCCGUGGCCGCAGUUAAGGAAAUACCACCGGAAGAGUUUGUGUCUCCGGCCGCUAACACGAGAAAGUCUAGAAGAUUGGCGGAGAGAGAUGGCAGUCGCAACACGAUCGACGAUGUCAUCGAGGAUGUUGUCCGUGGAUCGCCUGCAAAUAAAGGUUUGGUCAGCGGUGCCGCCGGAAAUGUCCACGCCACCAGACGAAGCACCAGACAUAACAACGCUCCGCGCAAUACGACACAGCAAUCUGCCGCGCCACUUCCAACGGAACUUCGUAAGUCACCUAGGGGCGGUCGUAAAACGGCGAGACGAACGUCCGAAAAUAACGAGGAUAGCGGAGAAGAGAAGACGAAGGAAGUAACCGUGACGGUGGCAGAGAUCAAAGAGGAACCUAAACCGGAGGCUACACCAGAAAGCCCGAAAGCGGAAGAACCAGCUCAAACUGUUGUUGUUACCUCGGCGCCGCAGAAGACGGUAUCGCUUGAGCCGAUGACGUUGAUUGAUCCAGUCACGGGAAUGCUGAUACCGAUGAGGGAAUCUGAGGAGGGUCAGUAUAUCCCGGUGUCCGCGGCAUCCAAUCAGGUGCAGACUAUCAAUAGAACGGUAUGCGAAUCUCGAAGCAGUGGAUUAGUCAGCACGAGCCCGACAAACGAAGCGCCACGAGUGAAAUCCGAAAGUUCCCCGAUAGUAGUAGCGGAGCCGAAGAAGGAGGCCGUCAUAGAACACACGCCUUGUCAAUCAACACCAACCCAGCCGAUCCAACCGCAAACUAGCGUGAUUACGAAACCACAAUCCCCAACGAUACAAGUUACUUCUGCCAUCACUAUUGCGCAAUCUUCGACGACGACCACGACUAUUGUCUCUACCGUGACUGCAACGUCUUCUGUAGCAUCGACUACAACAACGCAACCGAUACCCACCUCCUCUUCCUCGCAGACGAAACCUACGAGUCUCAAGGCGCACGUGUUAAACGCUAGCAAGCUCGUGACCUCGGCUCAACAGCAGGUUAUCACGAAACCGGUGACUCCAAGCUUGCCCAAUCAAACGAUAGUACAGAACAUCGUCAAGUCGCCCGUGCAAGCGAUACAGAGUCUCAAUCUGCAGAUACCACCUGGCAGAGUCGUGUCGCCUAGUUUAAGUCCGCGUGCGAAACAGGCGGCGCAAUUGACGCCGGCCAAUGCAAGCGUGAAGCAAGGUCAACCUAUGUCACCCGUACUCAAUAACACAGGAGUGCCACCUAAUCCUAAGCAACAUCUUCUGCAAGCUGCCAAACAACAAACGUCGACGAUAGUGAACAUGUCGCAGAAAAUGCCGAUAAACAUGCAUCCUGCCAGCGUGAACGUCUCCAGAACCAUGCAUCAACCGGUCUCACAGCCCACCACUCUCAAGGGUAUUAACGGGCAACCUCAUCCGCUUAAUCCAAAAACGCACUUGCUGCAAGCUGUAGUUCCACCGAUCGUCAGCGGAAGUUCAUCCACGCAACCACAUCUCGUCAACCCACAGCCGAUUUCAACUGGCAGUGCCCGACCACCAGUACCGAAAACUCCUGCCACUGGGAUAAUAGAACCAAAAGUGGAAGUGCCGAUGUCUGGUUGUAUCAUGGUACCAACUGCGAGCCCGCAAAGUCGAAGCGUGCCGAUGCCGACGUACGAGGCUCCAUUGCACGGAAGUACAGGUGCUACUCCACCAGGGGGUCAGUAUGGUCUUGUCCCCCCGCAUCGAUCCCAGAGUCCUCCACCUGCCCACCAUCACAUUAAUACUUCACAGAGUGAAGUCAAUCAUUACGGAGGACUGACUCAUGGCGGAGAACUGCCACCUCAUUACUUACAUUCUCAAAUGUUGCAAUACCAACAAUAUUAUCGCGCGCAACAGGAAGCGUUGACGGCACCUCGCAUAGCUUAUCGCAUUCCAGGAACGAGAUCUCCGCAUCUGCCUUUAGAUCCGAAACUCGAGACCGGCAUAGAGGACAGUCACAGUCCUCCUCUAGAAUUACGACGAGGCACGAGAACGCCUCAAGAUCGUACCACCGACAGUCCACAAGUUGCUCAAGUUUAUAUGCUACACGGAAAUGUGAGAUUACCGCCACCUCCGCCGCAGUAUAACGCAGGAAGUAACCCGUCGUUACCUGGUGCUCCAGCUGGCGUCAGAGCAGGCUAUUAUGAACCCCCGCCCGCUCACUUACGUUCUCCAUAUCCCAUGGCUGCCAGCGAAGCACCACCUGAGAUGGGCAGAGCCACCACACCGGAGAGAUGUAGAAAGCAUCACGUAGUCACCCCACCACCUUACGCGUCUCAAGUGCCACCGCAAGCGGACAGCUUCCAGAUGCUACUCCAACGUUACCCGGUUAUGUGGCAAGGUUUACUGGCGCUCAAGAACGAUCAGGCGGCGGUACAGAUGCACUUUGUCUUCGGCAAUCCUAACGUGGCCAGAGAUAGUUUGCCGUGUAACAGCGACGGCUCCACACCACCGUUGAGAAUAGCUCAAAGAAUGAGAUUGGAACCAACUCAAGUUGAUGGAGUAGCGAGGAAGAUGCAGACUGAUAACGAACAUUGCAUGUUGCUGGCAUUACCUUGUGGCCGUGACGAAGUCGAUGUAUUGCAACAAAGUAAAAACCUUCAAGCUGGAUUUAUCACGUAUCUCCAACAGAAGCAAGCUGCUGGAAUUGUAAAUAUUGCCGCACCCGGAUCGCAACAGCCGGCGUAUGUAGUUCACAUUUUUCCAUCUUGUGAGUUCGCGCACGAUAAUUUGGCAAGGAUUGCACCGGACCUAUUUCACCGUGUUGGCAAGAUCUCUCAUUUACUAAUCGUCAUCGCCACGGUUUGAGACCGAUCAUUGACCUAUCGGAUUACGAUUUAUCCGUAUGUCUCGUCUUCACGCACCGCAGGACGCUUCAUACCUGGCAUGAAGCCUGGAGUGUCCGCCUGAUACGCGCGUAAUUGUGCGACAAAGAGCGGGAUGCGCAUUCAAAAUGAAGAGAACUCCUUAGUCCGGAGUUGUAUCAGUGACAAUCAAAUGGAACCCGGCGGGUUGUAAGCUGAUCUUUAGAUCGUAGGCCUAAAGACGAGACACGAGGUUGUGCGGUGAAGUGAGGUUCGCACUUUUAAAUGCGCUGGUCAUCACCGUGCGUACCUCUCUUCGAUGAAAUUCGCGCAAGCAAGCUCGGUUCUUUCUUGCUUUUCUUUUUCUUCUUCCUUCCUACCUUGUUUUUCUUUUUGAACGGCUUGUAACUCGCGUCAAUUCUAAUACUGACAAUGUUUGUGGGAUCGACCGACAUCACUCUUGGUCUUUCUGACAAGCGGGUCAGGCACAACCCCAGUCUUCAGACAAGACCUUCGAUUCGUCAUGCGAUACUCAUUACUUACGCUCGUCCUUCCCAUAAAGGAAGCAGUAAAUAACUCGUUUCUCUAGAUGGACAAGUCAAUCGCGAAGUAAAGAUAUAGAAAGCAGCUAACAUACCCUAUCACUAUUAUAUGAGCUAUUACGAGCUAUUUCAAGUAAGGUUUAGGCGUUAAUAAUAAUAAAGUAAAUUGUGUAAAAAAAAUUAUAAGCGAGCCACCGAGGGCAUAACUACUGUGAUUUUAAGUAUUUAACGAUAACCGUAAAACUGCGUAAAAAGAGGAAGAAGACAAAAGGUUAAAAAACAUAUAUAAGAGGGUGCCCAACUAAAAAUGGUCCGUGCGGUAUGUGAUGUGUUUUUGUAUAAAUACUGCUCUAUAUAUAUAAAUAUAUGACUAUGUAUUAUAUUAUAACGAAACUAUAACGAUAAUUUGCUGCUGCCCAUUGCUGCUAACGCCGCCGGUCGUGUCGAGUUUAGAAUGUAAAUUAUAACGUUAAUCCUCUAGCACACCAAGAAUGAGAAAAGUUGGGCCACCCCUGCGUAGAGUUUGUGCGAUCUAUUCGUAGAUCUAUCCUAGUGUACCAUGAUUUCCCACAGCAGGAUACGAAUUUGUGAAUUAUUAUAAUUAUUAUUAUUAUAAUUAUUAUUAUUAUUAUUAUUAUUAUUAUUAAUCUCUCGUGAAUUACUAAAAUUCCUCUCGUGCAUAGUAUACUCUCUUAGCAUUAUAUGUAUAUCUUAUAAAAGAAUUUUUAACGUUA